CGAUUGUCACUUGGGGGCCCCGUGUAUUCCUAACCCCUCGUAGUCGAGAUUUUCCUCGAAAAACUGUCAUCCAGGCCUCAAAACUGAAAAAACGAAAAAAAAACAGUGGAUUGAUAAGGAGAUUGUCUUACUCGGCUGGAUAAUUCGUGUAGACUGACCAGAGUCCACGAAUUUCCAGUUGUUCCAGGAAUAUAUUUAAGGUUCAUCAGUUUUUGGAGCACAUUAGACCGCACCCAAGAGAUUUCCUGCCUUUUUUCUCCUGCUGAUUCAUCAAGAGUCACUUACUCGAAUUCAUUUCAUCUGUGACGAUUGCUUCCUUGAAUUUUAAGUUUAUACCUCAGGAAUUAUGACUGAAGUGCAUAAUUUUGGGCUUGAUAUUAUCACCUGUCAUGCGUGGAACAAGGACAGGACAGAAGUUGCUGUUUGUCCGAAUAGCAAUCAGGUGCAUGUGUACAAAAGAUCGAGUGCUGGGUGGAAACAGACGGAGGUACUUGAGGCUCAUGAUAUGAAUGUCAUGUGCCUCGAUUGGGCACCCAAGACUAAUAGGAUUGUUACCUGUGGGGCUGAUAAAAAUGCUUAUGUCUGGAAUCAGGAUGACAAGGGCAAGUGGAUCCCUGCGUGGGUCGUCCUGAGGAUGACUAGAGCUGCUGUGUGCGUCAAAUGGUCACCACUAGAGAACAAAUUUGCUGUGGGCUCGGGUGACAGGAUGAUCUCAGUCAGUUACUUCGUGUCAGAGAACAACUGGUGGUUGUCCAAGCACAUCAAAAGACCAAUCAGAUCCACUGUAACAGCCAUUGAUUGGCAUCCUGAUAAUAAAGUGCUGGUGGCAGGUUCUUCGGACUAUAAAGUUCGAGUUUUUGGUGCUUACGUUAAAGAUAUGGAGGACGCACCUGGCUCUGGGCCUUGGGGAGCCACGUCCACCCUGGGUACUUUGUUGGCUGAAUUUCCAAAUUCCACCAAUGGAGGUGGUUGGGUCCACUCGGUUGUAUUUAGCCCAUGUGGGAACAAAAUCUGCUGGGUCGCACACAAUUCCUCGAUUUGCGUCGCUGACGCCACCAAGGGAAAUGCUGUUAUGAGACUUUAUACCGAACACUUACCCUUUUUAAGUUGCGUUUGGGUUGGGCCCAAUUCGAUAAUUGCUGCUGGUCACAGUUGCAUGCCGAUGUUGUACUCACUCGACGCAAACGGUCAAUUACACUUCGUAUCGAAGUUGGAUAAUUCGCAGAAGAAAGAAGAGGCUGGAAUUUCAGCGAUGAGGAAAUUCCAGUCGCUGGAUCGACAAGCGAGAACUGAAAAUAAUGAUAGGGCACUCGCUAGUAUUCACCAGAAUACGAUUAAUUGCGUGAGAAGAGUGUCGAAUAGUGAAUUCAGCACCAGUGGACUCGAUGGUCAACUCGUUGUUUGGGAUUUAAAGGCCUUGGAGAAUUCCAUGAGUGGUCUCAAGAUCGUCUAAACUCGUUGAUUCUUUUUAAAUAUCUUAAUAAAAACAAAAAGUACAUCGACACGAUAAUGUAAAAAUGAAACAAGAUAAAACACAUGU